ACUUCUCUUGAUCGUGAACAAUCUGAUCAAUAUAUAUUUUAUAUAAUUGCAUCAGAUGGUUAUCAUAUAUCAUCUCGAAUUAAAAUUCUAAUAAAAAUUCUUGAUUUAAAUGAUGAAACACCUCGAUUUAUAUUUCCAAAUGAAGUUAAUGAUACAUUAAUAAUUGAUCUAGGAUAUUGGAAUAUUAAUGAUUAUAUAUGUGAAAUAGAAACUCAAGAUAAUGAUCAGAUACAAACACAUACAUUAUUACUUAUUUAUCGUUUUGAUCAAUUAAAAAAUUAUGAUUAUUUAAUUAAACAUAGAAAUAUUCUUCAAUUCGAUACUAUUAAAUUUUUUCUUGAUCAACAAGGAAGAUUAUUUUUUAAUUCAACUAAUAAUUCAAUCUUACAAGAAGGAGUUUAUUAUUUAGCAUUUAAAAUUGUUGACGGACAUGAUUAUUAUGAUGAAAAAAUAUUAAAAUUAAUCGUUGUGAAAGAUUAUGAACGUGUUCAAACGAUUAUUAAACGAUAUGAUUAUCUUGGUUUACAUUUAAAUAAUCGUUUUGCUUAUUUACAAUAUCAAAAAUCUAAAACAAAUCGUACAUCAAUAUUAGAACAACCAAAUAAAUUCUUUCUUUUAAUUGUUUGUUCUAUGUUAAUACUUAUUCUUCUUGGUAUAACAGUUAUUUUUAUUUCAUUAAUAAGACGUAAAUCAUUAAAAGAAAAAGAAUUAUUAAAAACUCAACCAUCAAUAUCAUCAAAUUCUCAACAGCAAUCAAAUAGUUCAACAAUUAAUUUAUUAAAACCAUCAAAUAAAGGAAAUUUACAUGUUACAAAUUGUUUUGAUUACAAUGAUUCAACAUUAGUUAUGUUAAAUAAAGAUUUAAUAACAUCAUCAUCACUUUUGAAUGAUAAUUGUUGUUUAUUAGAUACAAUAAAUGAACAUGAUAUUUAUGAUACACAAAAAAAUAAUAAGACAUAUUCAUCUUGGAUGUUACCAAAUUCUAAUCAUCCUGAAUCUCAUUAUUCACAACGUAAUAUUGAUUCAUCAACAUUUCAUACAUUUAAUCAUCUUUCAAUGCGAUCACCAUCAACUUUAUCGAAUGAAUUAUGUUCACCAAAACGACAUACAUCUAUGCAACCAUCUUCAGAAUAUACAGUUGCAGUUGUUUCAUCAUCAUCAACAAAUAAUUGUUCACAUACACCUGUGAGUUCUGAUGAUGGAUUUUGUGGUUCAUCGGAUACAUCAGAUCCUUCACUUCCAAAUGGAAAUCAUCAUCUAUUAUC